AUGUCGUGGAAUCCGACCAAGAAGAUCACGCAGAAGCUGCACAACACUCAUCUGGGCAUCAGCAACACUUUCUCCCGAACUACCUCCUCCUCGCAAUCGACCAUCAACAACUCCGACGCGCCCAAGUCACCUUCAUCUUCACCCGCUCUCACGCCGACAACUUCAAAGACAAACAAUGCCGCCGACCCACAGGGAAUCGUCGCUUCCGAGCAGAUGGCCACGGCCACUGCGGCCCCGGCGAAGCCAGGAAUCCUGAUUCUGACUCUACAUGAGGGCAAAGGCUUCAGCUUGCCUCCGGGAGCGGAGCAGGCGUUUGCACGACCCGGUCACAGUGGCAGCGUGAGCACAGGCUCGUUCUCGAGCAGCUACAUGGGUGGCAACAGCGCAAGGCCUGGAUCGAACAUGCAAUCGGGCAGCUUCCGCCCCGCUUCAUCGGCGGGCGGCGGAAUCAACAACAUGCCCUCGUCGCACGGUCGAUACACCAGCAAAUACCUCCCAUAUGCCCUGGUUGAUUUCGACAAGCAACAAAUCUUCGUCAACGCCGUCUCAGGCACGCCCGAGAGCCCCAUCUGGCCCGGAGAGAGCACCCAGUACAAAUUCGACGUCAGCAGAUCGACCGAGAUUAGCAUAUCGUUAUAUCUUCGCAAUCCUUCGGCCGAUGCAAAUGCGGGUCGGACACAGGACAUCUUCAUUGGCAACUGCAGAAUUGCGCCGACGUUCAACGUGGAGGACUCAGUGGCUGCCGCCCAACCUGAAGCGAACACAGACAGCAAGAGCAAGAAGGAUAAAUCGGCGCCAGCGCCGGCAGUUGCAUCUGCUGUGAGCAGUACAUCAGCUCCUCAAUGGCUUGAGGUUCAAUACGGAACAGGUCAUAUCAAGAUCGGCGUGAAAUUCGUCGAGAAUUUACAAAGAUCACUCAAGGUCGAGGAUUUCGAACUUCUCAAGGUGGUGGGCAAAGGCAGCUUCGGAAAGGUCAUGCAGGUCAAGAAGCAUGACACACAACGAAUCUACGCGCUCAAGACUCUACGUAAGCAGCACAUCAUCUCAAGAUCGGAAGUUGCACACACACUCGCAGAACGAUCUGUGCUGGCGCAGAUCAACAACCCGUUCAUCGUCCCAUUGAAGUUCUCUUUCCAGUCACCCGACAAGCUUUAUCUCGUCCUCGCCUUCGUCAACGGUGGCGAGUUGUUCCACCAUUUGCAAAAGGAGCAGAGAUUCGAUAUCAACCGAUCACGAUUCUACGCCGCCGAAUUGCUUUGCGCCCUCGAAUGUCUUCACGGCUUUGGAGUCAUCUACCGUGAUUUGAAGCCCGAGAACAUCCUCGUCGACUAUGUCGGUCACAUCGCCCUAUGUGACUUUGGUCUGUGCAAAUUGGACAUGAAGGACGAGGACAAGACCAACACGUUCUGUGGAACUCCCGAGUACCUGGCCCCCGAAUUGCUUCACGGCCAGGGUUACACCAAGGCCGUCGAUUGGUGGACAUUGGGUGUGCUUCUUUACGAGAUGUUGACUGGUCUGCCACCGUUCUACGACGAGAACACCAACGAGAUGUACCGCAAGAUUCUAUCCGAGCCGCUACAUUUCCCCGGACCGGAGAUCGUCCCUCCAGCAGCCCGGGACCUGCUUACCAAGCUUCUCGACCGUGAUGCCACCCGGAGAUUAGGCACGAACGGCGCCGCCGAGAUCAAGGCACAUCCCUUCUUCCACAGCAUCGACUGGCGCAAGCUGCUAGAUCGCAAGUACGAGCCCAGCUUCAAACCGCGCGUCUCGGGCGAGACCGACACGGAGAACUUCGACGAGGAAUUCACCCGAGAAAUGCCGACGGACAGCUACGUCGAGGGCCCGGCGCUCUCCAGCACCCAGCAGGAGCAAUUCACGGGUUGGUCGUACAACCGACCCGUCGCCGGGUUGGGGGAUGCGGGCGGCAGUAUCGUGCAGGGCAACGGGUUCAAUCAGAAAUAG